AUGGCCGACACCGAAAUGGACGUCGACGCGCAACAACCAGCCUCGGACGCGAAAAACAGUGAACCACGCACCCAAGCCGGCGCCGCCGCCGUGCGCUCGAUUGAGGGCUGGAUCAUCAUGGCGACGAACGUACACGAAGAGGCCAGCGAGGAGGACCUCACGGAGCUGUUCGGGGAGUACGGCGAGAUUAAGAACUUGCAUUUGAAUCUGGAUCGGAGGACGGGGUAUGUCAAGGGUUAUGUCCUCAUCGAAUACCCGACGCUCAAAGAGGCUCAGGCCGCCAUCGAGGGCGCCAACGGCACGAAGCUGCUGGAUCAGACGCUGACGGUCGACUUUGCGUUUGUGAGGCCGCCGCCUGGAAAGGCGCAGCAGGGGCGUGGAGGACGAGGUGGGCCGCUGGCGAAGGGGGGCAGGGCGAGGAGUAGGAGUCCGAUGGAGGCGAAGGAACAGGAUGAGGGGGGUGAGGAUAUGUGA